AUGGCAGCGCCCUCUAACAAACCGACCUCGAUGGCUCAGUCAUCUACCCCACCCGCUGCGGCGACAGCAUCUGCCAUCCUCGAGAAGACUCAUCCAGGCGUGCGCCGCUCCACCCCAGACUCGGAUGCAUUGGCUUCCUCGGACGAGGAUGGGGAGCAUGGAGCGCAAGCCCAGAACAUUAUCCCCCCUACCACCAAACCACCAGUCCGUCGCACCUCGUGGCUGAAUGAGGUUCCGCUUUCCGCUCAGCGCAAACAUUCGCUGUCUGGAGGGCACCUUUCUUCCUCCCCAUCUAACCCUACAAGCCCCGCUAGUGAUCAGGCACCAUGGGCAACUACUACGAGCCCAGGUCUUGCUGCAUCGUUCAAUUGGAACCAACCCGGAGGAGGUGCAUUUUCCUGGGGCACAGGCACAGGAAUCUGGAACACUGAAUCUCGCAAAGAACCGCCUUCUCGCUUGGCUGAAAUGGUACCCUCUCCAACAAUGACCAACCCACCUCCUGCGGGCGGCAACGUGCCAGACGAAAUGUUGAGCCCAAUCACCCGUACCAUAUCUGGUGAAUCUGCUAUCCCAUUCUCCAUCCCGUUACAACCAACUCUCAAAGCCUACCGCUCUCAGUCGUAUUCUGUUGGUCAGAUGGACCCUGAGUUCCUCGGUCUUGCUGCUAGCAAGCCCGGUGCGGCUCCCGCUGUCGGUGCACAAUACCCAGGAAGUCGCUCCCGCGGUCCCGGCCAAAUGUCUGUUGUUCAGCCUCGAGCAUCACGUCCUAGUAUGCUCGGUGAAUUAGGACACGAUACCGCAAUGCUCGGCCGAGUCCGCGAGGAUGAUGAUGGCGACGAGAGCCUUAACGGCUCGGAAAGUGACAUGAGCUACUCAGCGAGUCAGGCUCGGCAGAUCGAGCAGCUGGCACGCGAGAACGCACUCCUAAGGCAAGCAGCUGCGGCAGGUCAAAUGGAUAACAGAUACCGUGAGCGAGCUGGAUCAGCCGCAUCAAUCGGUAGUGGUCAUCCACUGCAUCGUAUCCGAGGCGGUGUUCCAGAGGGAGAUUUGGGUGGAGAGGAUCCAGGAGAAUUGCGUGAUAUUACCGGAUACAAUAAUCUGCGUGGCAAUUCUCGUCGUCGCUUCUCUGAGCAUUUAGCGCACCCGGAAUCGCAAUUCUCGUCCUUCGCCUCCCCGCUGGAAAACCGUGCUCUAGAUAAUGUCCGCAAGGCUCAUUGGCAAACGUCUCUAGGCUUCGGUGGCAGUGAUAUGCCUCAAAGUCGCCGACACUCUUUCGCCGAGAUUCCGAUGCGUCAUGGCUCAAUCGGUCCUGUGGACUCACACUCUACUGCUACGCCUCGCGCAACUAUGGGAGACCGCGAUGACGGCUAUGGUAAUCUUAGUGACUAUUCCAACCAGCCCUACUAUUCCCGUGAACAAACUUUGCGUGGAGAUGGCUCCUCGGGUAUUCCGCCAUCUCUCAGCCAAUAUGCGAUGUCGAAUGCGUAUGGUCGUCAGCCAUCCGCAUUGUCACAUGCUCAUCAAAAUCAGCUUUUGUACAUUGUCGCCUUCAAAUGCAGCCGCGCGGACGUUUUCUACAUCCAAGAAGACACCGGUCUUCAGGUGAAAACCGGUGAUCUCGUCAUUGUGGAGGCAGAUCGAGGAACAGAUCUGGGCACCGUCAUUCAUGCAAACAUCUCGCUCCAACAGGCACGGGAGUUGAAGCAGCAUUAUGCGGAAGAGCACUACAAGACCCUCAUGAUUUUCUCUAGACACGGCCAGCCUGAGGGGUCCACCCUCAUCAACCCCAACUCGGGCAUGAACACUCGAAGUGCCACAGGUGGCAUGGGUCCCCAUGGUCCCCACAGUGCACAGGAACCCGCGACAGACAUCAAGCCAAAGCUCAUCAAGCGGUUGGCACAGCAACAUGAGGUUUUGACUUUGCACGAUAAAGAAGGAAAUGAAGCCAAAGCCAAGCGGGUCUGCCAGCAGAAAGUUGUUGAGCACCGACUUAAUAUGGAGAUCCUUGAUGCCGAGUUUCAAAUGGAUUGGAAAAAGCUUACGUUCUACUACUUUGCUGAUUCGUACAUCAACUUCAACUCGCUGGUGACUGACCUGUUCAAGAUCUACAAGACUCGCAUCUGGAUGUCAGCUAUCAACCCGGCCUCGUUUGUCACACCCCCUACGGCUGGCCUGCCAGGUCCUGGCACCAUGCCCAACCCCCUUUAUGGCCAGGAAGCAGACCGUCGCCACCAACUUGAGAACAGAUCCUAUUCCGCUUCGCGAGAUACCAUCGACACAGGCCGAGAAAUUUCAAACCCCGUGGGCAUGCUUCGCACAUCCUACGGAGAGUCCUACCAGCCUUUCUCUCAGCCCUCCCGUCACUCAGAAGGACCUGCUCAUUCGGACGUCCUUUCCCCACAGCUGCCAUCUAGCUUUGGUCCUGCAGACUCAUUCGAAUACCCCGGCAACAUCGGCGGCUCCAAUGGUUCUUCCCGCACGCACCCAGCGCAGGGCGAAUGGAUCAACCGGUUCCAGGGCCUAUCGCUCAACUCCUAG